GCCCUCCCUUCCCUUCCUUCCUCUCUCCUUCCACGCCCCGCGACUUCACAAAUGCCCGGCGACAUCCUCAAAAAAAGAAAGAUUGCCGUCCUCGGCUCGCGCUCGGUCGGCAAAUCCUCGCUCGUCGUCCAAUUUAUCGAAAACGAAUUCGUCGAGUCGUAUUAUCCCACCAUCGAGAGCACCUUCUCGAAGAGCAUAAACUUCAAGGGCGUCGAGUACGACUGCGACAUCAUCGACACCGCUGGCCAGGCGAGUGACGAAUACUCGAUUCUCAAUUCUAAGCAUGCUAUCGGUAUCCACGGCUUCGUCCUCGUGUACUCCGUCACCUCGCGGAAUUCGUUCGACAUGAUCCAGAUCAUAUACGACAAGAUCAUCAACUUUUGUGGAAUCAAGGAGAUUCCGUGCGUUAUCGUCGGUUCAAAGACGGACCUCCAACAACGAAUCAGCAGACAGGUGGACCCCAAGGAAGGACAGGCACUCGCCAAUGAGAUCCACGCAGCAUGGGUGGAGACCAGCGCGAAGAAUAACAUCAACGUCGCCAAAGUCUUCGAAACAUGUUUGGGCGAAAUCGAGCGGAACGCGCCACACAGCCAGGACGAGCCUCCAGUGAGCCGAUGUUCGAUUCAGUGACGAAAGUUUCCCGCUCUGGACUGUCGUUUCUUCCUUUUUGCAAAGUCAUCCGUCUCUCGCCUCCCGCCUCCUCCGAUAUAUGUCUCCCUAUACAAACUACCCCCUCUUUUUUUGGGAUCUUCGUUUUAGUAUUUCCUUUAUCCUUUCUUCUCCUUCUGCUCACUUAUCGUCGCGCGGACUCGCAUUGUCGCGGCUUUUGUUGCCUCCCUAGACUAUCACCUUCUUCGUUUGUUGUUUUCGUCGCCCAAUUCUCUUUCGUCCCGUGUAUAUCUUGUAACCUUUACUCAUACAGUACUCCCUCCCCGGCGGCUCGUAAUAUCUCCUUCCGUCUCCGUCUCUGCCUGCAUUUCCGCAUCGAGCCUCGAACGCUGCCUCGCCGUGGUGUGUGCGACCGCAAUAUGAACGUGGAACGCCUGCAAGCACAACGUGUUGACAAUGGACAAGCCGCGGUGAUGCAAUGUCCU